AUGGAGAGCACGACCAGCAUCCCUCUCGACAAGGGGUUGGUCGACAAAGCGAUCCGAGAGGGUGACCUCGAGUUCAUCAAGAUUGCACACGCCAACAAUCACAUCGUCGACGCCGAGCUGUGCAAUACCGCUCUUCACUUUAGCCAGUACGCCAUGUUCAAGUGGUUAUUCAAGAACGUGCCGCACUCCAAGGACGACGCCAUCCGCUUCAUGAGGCGAUGCCUCAAGCCGAGCGUGCAAGCGUGGAUCGGGCGCAGGAUUGAUCCGGGCUGGUUCAACGAGCUCGAGAACCGGCGCGCCGCCAUCACCGAGGCCAAAAAACGCAAACGCGAGACCUACAGUAUCGUGCGCGAGCCCAUCCCGAUCAAGAAGGUCAAGAGCGACGCCGAGUGCCACGAUGCCGGCGCCCGCGCGCUGCUCUUCUUUGACACGAUCGUCAACGAUUUCGGCGACUGUGUUCACUUUCUCGUCGGAAAGUAUGCACUCGAACUCCAACUGAUGCGCGAUCUGCUCAGCGGCAGGACGACCCUCGGACUCGACGACAGCACCGCCGAAUCAAUCCGACGCGAGAUCAAGAGCAUCGUCAACGCGCGACUCGUUGUGUAUCAACAUCGUCCUUUAGGCGGCAAGUGGAGGAUCUUAGGGUUCAAGAGCAUCAAGCCAUCGGACAAGACCCGAGCCACCAUCAAGUGCAACUUUGAGGUCCUGGUCGACACCGCCGCGGGCCAUGAGAUUGAGGGGUGGGGCGAAUCCGCUGAAAUCAUCAGCAAGCACUACGAUCACGACGCCAAGGCGUGGUUGUCCGGCGUGUUGUUCUACAGGCACGAAUAA